AUGGUUAAGCAUAACAAUGUUAUCCCCAGUGGACAUUUUCGGAAACAUUGGCAAAACUAUGUGAAGACUUGGUUUAAUCAACCCGCCCGGAAGACCAGAAGACGAUUAGCUCGGCAGAAGAAGGCUGUCAAAAUUUUCCCCAGGCCAACUGCAGGACCUCUCAGGCCUGUUGUUCACGGUCAGACUUUGAAAUACAACAUGAAACUCAGAGCUGGGAGAGGAUUCUCUCUUGAAGAAUUGAAGAGUGCUGGAAUUCCCAAAAAACUUGCUCCAACAAUUGGAAUUGCUGUUGAUCAUCGCCGCAAGAACCGUUCGUUGGAGAGUCUGCAGGCUAAUGUACAGAGGCUCAAAACAUACAAGGCCAAGUUGGUUGUGUUCCCAAGACGGGCACAAAAGGUCAAGGCUGGUGAUUCUAGUGCUGAAGAACUAGCAAAUGCUACCCAAGUUCAGGGUCCAUUCUUGCCCAUUGUGAGGGAGAAGCCAAGUGUUGAUCUUGUUAAGGUAACGGAGGAAAUGAAGUCGUUCAAAGCUUAUUAUAAGCUUCGUCUUGAACGCACCAACCAACGCCACUAUGGUGCUCGUCUAAAGAAAGCUGCAGAAGCAGAGAAGGAAGACAAGAAAUAA